AUGCGGCAGGACCAGGCGGAUGCGGCGGGCACGGCCGUGCCCCUUCCUUUAGUGCAGGAGAUCGACCUGGGGCCCUUCGCGCUACAUAUCGAGACGUGGCCGAAAUACCGCAUUGGAAGCAGCCUUUGGCCCUCAGGAGUUCUGUUGGCCAAAGCUUUGGCCUCAGGCACCCUUUCCGCUGCUCGGUGUCCGAAGACGGGCGCCCAGCUGUUGCCAGCGCUCCACGAUGCCUCGGUGCUCGAGCUGGGCGCUGGACCCGGGGCGCCUGGCCUGGCCGCAGCGCGCCUGGGCGCCAGGGUGGCUUUGACGGACUACGCUGAGCUGGUGCCGUUGAUGGAGAGGAACAUCGCACUGAACCAGCUCACAGGCACGGCACGCGCUGUGGCAUUGGAUUGGAGUGCUGCCGCCUCGUCCGAAUUUGCUGGCGAUGAUGCUGCGCCACUGGACUUGAUCUUGGCAGCAGAUGUGGUGUAUUUUGAAGAGCAAGAUCCAUUGGUUGAUGCUCUCAAGUUAUUUUUUGAAGAGACCGUCCAGUCAGCUGGUAGAGCAGCUAGUAACAUGGCCAAAUUUGUCUUUGAGCAGGUGGGUGGCCGUUGCAAGCUCAUGCAGCCGGGCGAUGUGGUGAGGUGCAGCGAAGCAGAGAUUGCCGUUGCGGUGCGAAAGAUGGAGGCCAAGAUGAGGAAGCAGCAGGCGAAGGAGCGGAAGCGCCAGGCGCUCAUGGAAAAGGACCUUUCGGAUUGGCAGAAGAUCAAAAGCUUCCUCGACUUGAACCACUUUGAGGGUGUUAAUGCUGCCAAGUGCUCCUGGUUUGGCUUUCGCAAGUCCUAUCCCUUACACACCGCAGCCAAGGAAGGCAACCGAGAGAUCGUGUUGCUUCUCUUGAAAUUCGGCGCUGAUCGUCGCCAGAAAGACCACCACGGCCGGGUUGCGCUUCAAUAUCUUUGA